AUGACAGAAAAUAAAGACGCAAACCAUCAAACAUAUCGUGAUUUAUUCCCAACUAGUACCUCAAUUAUAGAUUUUGCAUACUCAGAAUUCCAUCCUUUAAGAGUUGGCGAAUUUAGCAUAGCGCAUGGUGAUGAUUUCCAAUAUAAGGACUUUGAAAUUGAUCAUGGCUAUGAUAACAGGGAAAGUGGAAGUGAAGACGAAGAUCAUAGUUAUUCAUCUGAUGAGAUAAAUUGCAAAGCAAUGGCAUUGUUUGAUUUUAUACCUGAAAAUGACAACGAAGUAGCAUUGACAGAGGGUCAAAUCAUAUGGAUUUCUUAUAGACAUGGUCAAGGAUGGUUAGUAGCAGAAGAUUCUGAGAGUGGUGAGAAUGGGCUAGUACCAGAGGAAUAUGUGGAGAUUUUCUAUGACGACGAGGGGAUUGAAGAUGUACGAAAACACAAAGAAAUACUUGAUGAUAUACCGAAGCCUUUUUUACCAGAAAUACUACAAAAUUACAAUAUACACAAACCAGACGAAAGUGAAAGUGAAUGGGUAGAUACAGAUGACGAUGUCGAUACUGAAAAUAUCAACCAGACAAAGGGAGGCUUUAAUGACAAGAGGGUAAAUAAUGUACACGGUGUACAUCAAGAAGGACAAAGAAACGACCAAGCACAACGUAAUGCUUCUGCUUCUCAAGUUGACAAUAAAAAUCACAGGUUAGAAGAAAGUGUCCAAAAUUUGUCAUUAUCAUAG